CACGCGGGAGUGCACGCUUGGCCGCCAUAACGGUACAGCGCAGACAUGGCUCUGCUCAUGAACGCGCUAACGCUCUUCUUCAACCUGUUAAGCGUUCCGCUCCAAUUGAUGGAGUUUUUGGGGAUUUACGGCGUCUACAAGCGCUUCUUCCCCUUCCUCAUGUUCAAAAUGUCUGCGGCGUACAACAAGAAAAUGCACGAGUACAAGAAGGAGCUCUUCGGCAACCUGGCCGAGUUCGCGGAGCGGGGCAGCGCGCUGCGGCUGCUCGAGGUGGGCUGCGGGAGCGGGGCCAACUUCCAGUUCUACCCCCGGGGCUGCAAGGUCGUGUGCACGGACCCGAACCCGCACUUCCACAAGUAUCUGCAGAAGAGCCUCGUCGCGAACGAGCACCUGACAUUUGAGAAGUUCGUGGUGGCGGAGGGGGAGAACCUGUCGGCGGUGGAGGACGGCUCCGUGGAUGUGGUGGUGUGCACGCUGGUGCUGUGCACGGUCAAGAGUCCGCCGCGCGUGCUGGCGGAGGUGCGGCGCGUGCUGAGGCCUGGCGGCGCGUUCUAUUUCAUGGAACACGUGGUGUCGGAUCCGUCCACCUGGAUAUACUUCUUCCAGCAUGUCCUCCAGCCCCUGUGGUAUUACUUUGGGGACGGCUGUGAACUGACCAGAGCCACGUGGAAGCAUCUGGAAGCUGCAGGUUUUUCAGAGCUGAAGCUGCGGCACAUCCAGCCUCGCCUCUCCUUCCUCAUCAGGCCACACAUUAUCGGUUACGCGGUAAAGUAACGCUUGUAGAGAGGUACCCCUACACAAAGGUAAAUGCCAGCACUUCAUGCACGCUGUUAAAUUCCUGACACCCAUGUGUGUCUCUGUAACCCUUUUGUGAAGCGAUUAAA